UUUUUGACAAGGAAAUGACGGCAACGUUGAGCCAACGACUGUGGGCAUGCACGGCACAUGAAAGCCAAGCGUGCUUGUUCCAUGCCUUUAUCUUGGGAAUUGGCACGGGAGACCUUCCCAUUGAAUCAUUUCAGAACUUCCUCCUUCAAGACGCUUUCUAUCUCCACGGCUUCCUACAAUCGUUUGCCCAUGCGAUCACCAAGGCAUCUUCGCCCGCUGACACGAUCACUCUGGUCUCUUUGAUGCAAGGAGUCAAUGACGAGCUCAAGCUCCAUGCCUCAUACAUGCAGUCAUGGGGCAUCGAUUUGACUGUGGUCGAAACGACCGUGCCAACUGCCGCUACCCGAGCCUAUGUCGACUUUUUAUUGUCGACGGCGAAAACGUCUCCAACUGUGGCCGAAAUCCUUGCCGCUAUGGUCCCUUGUGCUCGACUGUACGCCUUCCUGGGCCAGAACCUUCAAGCCGCGAUUCGAUCGUUCACAUCCAGUGAUGGCCAUUCCAAUCGGUAUGCCAAAUGGAUCGACACGUACGCCAGCCCCGACUUUGAAGCCAGUGCCGCAACGAUUGAACAACUCUUGGACACGACAGCUGCCCGCGACGGGAUAUCCGAGGCCAGAUUGCUUCCGCUGUACACCCGAGCGAUGCAUUUGGAGUUCAACUUCUUCGAAGCGUACUUCCCCCUUCAUCGUUUGUCCACCAUCAUCCACCCGAUGUCGAUCUCGACACCCGACAAUGAACUGAUCGUGACGACGGCACCUGCUGGUCCAGCCUUCACUGGCAGCACUCUGGCUUUUGCGCUGGCACAACGGCAAUCGACAUCGGUGUUGAUGUCCCCCAAAAGGCUGACGCUUGACAGCACCAUUACUCCAUCUCAACGCUCGGCCCUUGAAGCCAUGUGCCAAUGGAGCCAGCCGUCGUCGACCAGUGGCACUGUUGACUCAGCCGUGGCCUCUGCGGUGUUGCGGUUGAAUGUACCUCGAGUGCUCUGCAUUGCUGGGUCGGACAGCGGAGGCGGCGCGGGCAUCCAAGCGGAUAUGAAAGCGUGCACAGCCCAAGGCGUGUUUUCCACGAGUGCUCUGACCGCCAUCACGGUACAAGACACGAAGGGGGUGCACGGCAUCCACAACGUUCCAUUGGACACGCUAAGUGCCCAAAUCAACUGCGUGCUUGACGACAUUGGCACGACAGUGAUCAAGACGGGAAUGCUCGCGUCUGCCGACAUUAUUCGGUGCGUGGUGGAUGCUGUUGCCCACCGCAACCUGCCUUUGGUCGUGGAUCCUGUCAUGGUGUCUACCAGUGGACAUCGAUUGCUGCAGUCGGAGGCCCAUCGUAGCCUCGUCACGGACUUGUUUCCGAUAGCGUUGCUCAUCACCCCCAAUUUGCCCGAGGCGUCAGUGCUGUUGGACGGCCGCGUGAUUGCCUCGGUGACCGACAUGCAGCAAGCGGCGGUGGAUUUGAUGGCGCUGGGCCGUUCCAAGUUUGUCCUGGUGAAAGGAGGACACUUGGAAUCGGACACGGUAGUGGACGUCUUGUACGACGGCGAAUCGUUCGACUUGUUUUCGUCUCCUCGCGUGCACACUACCAACACCCACGGCACCGGAUGCACGCUGGCCGCAGCCAUUGCUGCGAAUUAUGCCAAAGUACGACUUUACCUAAUAUUUGUGAAGCGGGGUCAUUUUUGAGUGAUAGGUCGCCGACCUCAAGCUGGCGGUGCGCCUCGCGAUUCGGUAUGUCCAAUCGAUUUUGCACGGCAGCCGGGACAUCAAGAUUGGCCACGGCGACAACGGACCCAUGCUGCACUGGUUGUAAACCAACAAAGCAUGACGGCCUUCCAACUAGAAUCAUCAGCUUGUUAUAGAAUAUAGAAGUCUAUCGUCCGUGUAUGUUGCGUGGGGGGGAAUAAAAUGCUUGCGAAACAUAUUCACACACAUCACUCCGAAGGUAUACACAUACCCACAUGGAGCCAAAUCGCUGAUCAGACAGGUUGGCAACAGUCACACCCACAAUUCGCAACAUCAACGCCAGCCGAACCUGCGAAGGGAUCAAUUCGGUCAUAAGCGUAGGUAGCAGCAAUGGGGACACAUCUCUUGGCUCGUGCACACUCAAGGUAGCUAGUGAGAUCUUUCGUUGGGUGGAAAUACUGGUAUCAUUUUUGCUGUAAAUCA